AUGAUUGAUAACAAUGCGAUCCCUUCUUUCAAUGAGGUUCGCCUCUUGUCCAUAAACCUUUUCAUGCGGCCUCCGCUCAUUAGAAAUAAUGCCAGUGAUUAUAAAGAAGCAAGAUUAGAAUAUUUUAUUGAAAACAUUUUGUCUAUCUAUGAUAUCAUAUGUCUCGAAGAAAUGUUCGAAUUUGGUAGCACCCGCCGUCAGAGGUUGCUGGAGGCAGCUUUUAAAGCUGGCUUCGAACAUUCAUGGACUUCUCCGAGGAAUAGUUUAUUCAAUUUUUCUAUCGAUGGUGGUCUGGUCAUUUUAAGUAGGUUCCCAAUCAGAAGUCGAGAUCGUAUCACUUAUCCUUAUGGAACUCAUAGUGACAGGUUAUCGGCCAAAGGUGCUCUUUACGUAAAAAUUGAAUUGGCAAAAGAUCAAUUUAUUCAUCUCUUCUCUACCCAUACUCAAGCGUCUUACGUCGCUUCUCCUCCCCUAUCCGAUAAAUCUGUUCUUGUUCGUGAACAACAAAUUUUUCUUCUUCGUCAAUUCAUUGAUAAAGCCAUCGUGAGUAGGCGAUCAUCACACGAACCGAUCAUCCUAGUAGGUGACUUGAACGUCAAUUCUCGGCCUCUUUUGGAUCCUUCUGAUCCUUCAAGUGUGAAGGGAGAUAGUCAAGAGUAUCUGAAUAUGGUUAAAAUUUUGAGCGGCGAAGGAAUACGCGAAGAUUCUCAUGUGAGAUACUCGAAUGAAAAGAUGAUUGGUGUGAGAGACGUAAUUAAAGAGCAUUACGGAAUUCAUCCAAUCACCUUUGCUGAUGUGUUGAAAGACAAUGAUGGGAAGAUGAUUCCUAGAGAAGUCAUUCUAACUUCAAAAGGCUAG